GCAGGGCCUCUCGGCAGAGUGAACCCGGGUUUCUUGGACAGUGGAGUUCAGAGUCCCAGGACGGCUCGGGGACACCUGGCUCCUGUCACACUUGCAUCUCCCCCUGUUGGGGCUGAGCCCGCAGAGAAACGCGGGAGUGGAGCCUGCACGCAGGACCCUGAACGCGCUGACGCAGGGUCUUCCGAGGGCAGGCUCUCUCUGCGGGGCGGGCUCCCUGCCCCCACGCGGCCGCCCUGCGCGUGGAGCCGGCGGGGACUUUGGCCGAUGCUGACCAUGGCCGGCUGCGUCCCACCACCGCUCGCCGUCCUUGGGCUCCUGGCCCUCCUCGCCCCACACGCCGCCUGGCCGACAGUCUUUCUUCCUGCAUCGAAAGCGCACGAGCUUCUGGCCAGGUGGAGGCGAGCCGGCUCCUACCUCUUGGAAGAGCUCUUCGAGGGGCAUUUAGAGAAGGAGUGCUGGGAGGAGAUCUGCGUCUACGAGGAGGCGAGAGAAGUGUUUGAAGACAAAGAGUCCACUGAUGAAUUCUGGAGGACAUACAUGGGCGGCUCCCCGUGCGCCUCCCAGCCUUGCCUCAACAACGGGUCCUGCCAGGACAGCAUCCGCGGCUACGCCUGCACCUGCGCGCCGGGCUUCGAGGGCCCCAACUGCGCCUUCGCUGAAAGCGAAUGUCACCCCUUGAGGCUGGACGGGUGUCAGCACUUCUGCUACCCGGGACCAGAGUCCUACACGUGCAGCUGUGCAAGGGGCCACACACUGGGCCAAGACCGCAGGUCCUGCCUCCCCCACGACAGGUGUGCGUGUGGAACCCUCGGUUCUGAGUGCUGCCAGAGGCCCCAGCGAAGCCAGCAGAACCUUCUGCCUUUCCCGUGGCAGGUAAAACUAACAAAUUCCGAAGGAAAAGACUUCUGCGGGGGUGUUCUAAUACAGGACAACUUUGCGCUGACAACAGCAACAUGCUCGCUAUUGUACGCGAACAUCAGCGUGAGAACGAGUUCCCACGUCCGGCUGCACGUGAGGGGCGUCCACGUGCACACGAGGUUCGAGGCGGACACCGGGCACAACGACGUGGCCCUGCUGGACCUGGCGCGGCCCGUGCGCUGCCCCGACGCCGGGCGGCCCGUCUGCACGGCCGACGCUGACUUCGCCGAGCGCGUCCUCCUGCCGCAGCCGGGCGUCCUGGGCGGCUGGACACUCCGCGGCCGCGAGAUGGUGCCCCUGCGGCUGCGGGUCACGCACGUGGAGCCCGCGGAGUGCGGCCGGGCCCUCAAUGCCACGGUGACCACGCGGACCAGCUGCGAGCAGGGCGCGGCGGCCGGCGCGGCGCGGUGGGUGGCGGGCGGCGCGGUGGUCCGGGAGCACCGGGGCGCCUGGUUCCUCACCGGCCUGCUGGGCGCCGCGCCCCCCGAGGGGCCCGGGCCGCUGCUGCUCAUCAAGGUCCCCAGAUACGCGCUCUGGCUCCGCCAAGUCACUCAGCAGCCGAGCCGAGCCAGUCCGAGAGGCGACCGUGGUCAGGGGCGUGACGGGGAACCGGUGCCGGGUGACCGCGGUGGGCGGUGGGCGCCGACAGCCUUUCCUCCGGGACCCCUCGUCUGAACUGAGCCCACAGGAGGGAGGGAGGCGCGUCCAACAAUAAAAGUGGACCCCGAA